ACCCCUUGCGCAUGUGCGAUCGACAAGAAAGAAGAAGGAUCUCCAGCCACAAAACGAAGCGAUCUAGAGAGGCCGGAGACGCGGACAGGCCUGGAAAGAGACGCACCAUGGCCGAGGACCUGCGCGCCAAGAUAGAGGAGCAGAUACGCUCCACGCACGUGCUCAUGUACUGCAAGACCACCUGUCCAUUCUGCGCCAGGGUCGGUAGCUAUACCGGCUUCCUCCCCCCAGAUUCGCUUUCACAUUGCUCCCCUUCAGGUCAAGAAGUUGUUUUCGGCCCACUGUGUGACGCUACUUGUGUCUGUGUGGACGAACUUGACAAAAAUGAGCCCGGGCUGAUGUCAAAAUACCUGGACGUCCUAAACGACAUUACAGGACAGAAAACUGUUCCUAACGUUUUCAUCAACGGCAAACACCUCGGCGGUUGCAAAGAUGUCAUCGCGAUACAUUCCCGUGGCGACCUAGCUCGGACCCUCGUCUCCAGCCAGAUGGAGAGAGAUAAUAUGAGCUCUGCCCCCCACUCUUACGACUAUGACAUCAUUGUAAUUGGGGGAGGUUCAGGUGGUCUCUCAUGUGCCAAGGCUGCAGGUGCGCUCGGAGCGAAAGUCGCGUGUCUGGAUUUCGUGAAGCCGUCUCCGAUUGGAACCAAAUGGGGACUGGGUGGAACGUGCGUCAACGUUGGUUGCAUCCCCAAGAAACUGAUGCAUCAAGCAGCGUUGUUAGGUCAUGCUCUGGAGGACUCGCGUCACUACGGCUGGGAGGUGCCGGAGGGGGUGGGCCACAAGUGGGAGAAGAUGGUUGAGAACAUACAGGCACACAUCUCCUCGCUGAACUGGGGCUACCGGACUGCUCUCAGGAAGAAGUCGGUCAAAUAUCUGAACGCUCUCGCCGAGUUUGUCGACCCUCAUACCAUCAAGCACGUCAACAGCAGGGGAGUGGAGGGGAAAAUCAGUGGAGCUCGCAUUGUCAUCGCAACAGGUAAAACACACCUCUAUUACAUUGUCCUCACCACUUCUCCGUAGUAGAACUUACAAUGAAAACUCUGAAUACGGGACACCAGGUGGGUGUCCCGUAUUCAGAGGUGUCCUUUAUUCGGAGGUAGUAUAAUACACUGCAUUCUUCUAGUACACUAAUGUACUAGUAUGGGGCAGAACAAACCUUGUAGAGAGAUGUAUUUAUUCAGAUUGUCCUUCCACUGUUGUCCUCUCUCCUCUCUCACUUUGUCUUUCACUUUACCAGGCGGCAGGCCACGCUACCCAGACAUACCCGGAGCCAAAGAGUACGGGAUCUCCAGUGACGACAUCUUCUCCUUGACGACUCCGCCGGGGAAGACCCUGGUCGUCGGGGCUUCGUACGUCGCUCUGGAAUGUGCCGGCUUCCUCGCGGGGCUGGGCUUUGACGUCACGUGCAUGGUCCGCUCCAUCCUCUUGAGGGGUUUCGAUCAGGUGGAGCUAGUCUCUGAGGGUCCCCCGAGGGAGGUACGGGUGACGUACCGCCCGACCGAGGGGGGAGAGGAGACGAGCGAAGUGUUCAACACGGUUUUGUUUGGAGUGGGGAGAGAUCCUGACAUGGGUGGGCUGGGUUUGGAGAAGGCAGGGGUCAAGACUGACGCCAAAGGCUAUGUUCCAGUGGUGUACGAACAAACGAAUGUUCCACACAUCUAUGCCAUCGGGGACGUGGUCCGAGGGAUGCAUGAACUCACCCCGCUGGCGAUCCAGGCCGGCCGGCUCCUCGCCGCCAGACUCUUCGACUCCAGCUCCGUCCACACUAAUUACGUCAACACCCCGACAACCGUCUUCACACCGUUGGAGUUCUGGGGCGAUCGGUUUCGCCGAGGAGGACGCCACCAUGAUAUAUGGCUCCGACAACAUUGAGGUUUAUCACUCGAAUUUAUGGCCCCUGGAGUAUACACUUGCUGGCAGGGAGGAGAACGCCUGCUACUGCAAACUGAUCUGUAACAAACUGGACAAAGAGAGGGUCAUAGGUCUCCAGGUGCUCGGUCCCAAUGCGGGAGAGAUCACCCAGGGCUACGCUGUUGCCAUGAAACUUGCGGCCACCAAAGAGGACUUUGACCUCACGGUCGGGAUCCACCCCACGUGCUCCGAGACCUUCACAACUCUUUCCAUCACCAAGAGCUCUGGCGUCGAAGUCACCUCCCAGGGCUGCUGAGGUUAAGCCACACCCCCCUUGUCUCCUUGGUGACCGGGUGGGUGUGGCUAACAAAGUCGCACAGGUUUUCCCCUUCUGCUGGUUCAUAGCAACCGUUUGUUUGGUUGUUGUCAUGAGGACACUCUUCUAAAUCACCAUGGUGAUGGAGAGUCUCUGAUCCAUACCAGUGGAAUGGAAUCCAAUCGAACGCAUUAGUUAACAAGAUUUUUAGCAGUAGUUGUAAAAGUUGGUUGAUGAUGUUAUGUGGUGAUUGUGAAAUAUUAGUAGAAUCCACACACUCCUACUAAUUUGUAUUGACAGAUGAUCAGGCACUCAUGAAAUGAAUCACGAUUGGGCAUAAAAUGAAACUGAAGGUAAUCGAAUGAAGUAAUGAUUGCUGCUGUCAUGUGUCGGAUCGUCAGAGGGCUGGUAGGCAGUACACCGCGUCCUGUGCUCUCCGGUGCAGCCGAUCUGGUGCCACUGCCAAACUGUGCAACACGACCACCUGUUGACUCUCCAAACUCUGCAGUAUCUGACAGAGAGCUGGCCAAUGCAGCAUGCCUGAGAAAUGCUCCGACACUUGCCUCAGCGAAGCUCCCGGGGUGGACCUGAUAAACGUGAGCACUCCCUCACGAUAUCGCCUCAUCAUCGUCUCGUUAGGGUGGGUGGAGUUUACGGUCACCCAGGGCCGGUAUGGAACCAGGUCUGCGGGCGACGUGGAAUGGGGACUGGAGACUGGCAUACACCAUCUCUUGGCGUGGACAGCUGCUACCAAACGAGAACCAACUUUGACCACCGUUUCAAAGUUGAGGAGACACUGGAUGUGGUCAGUGAGAGAGAGACCGGACGAGGGAGGCAGGGGGGGAAGAAGGGACUGCAGCUCUUCCUCUCUCCUCCCUCUCUCCCCUCCCUUCUCCACACACUUGUACACCUGGCCAUUGAAACAUGCCUCUCCAUCCGACAUAUUGA